CCAAAAUUGUCAACGAAGUCCUCGCUAGACUCCUCAAGAAGAUUGCAGUUGGCUCCAAGAUCUUCGAACUCUGCCUCUGGUCAGACGGCCAAAUCUAUGAAGAACUCUCCAAGGUCUAUAACAAAAAGCCAACCUUCAAGGGUCUCGCCUUCCCCACCACUCUCUCAGUUAAUGAGGUUUGUGGCUACAAUGCACCUCUCCUCGAAGACUCCACCGCCAUCAAGGAAGGAGAUCUCGUCAAGAUCGAACUCGGAGCUCACAUUGACGGUUUUGCUGCAUUCGUUGCCCAUACCGUCGUGAUUCAAUCCGACAAGAACGCCCCCGUGACUGGCAAGAAGGCCGAUGUUAUCCUUGCUGCCUAUAAGGCUGCUCAAGCUGCUCUCAGGCUUCUUAAGCCAGGACACUUCAACAACGAAGUUACUGAAGUCAUCCAGAAGGUCUGUGAUUCAUACCAGGUUGCACCACUUGAGGGUGUCCUUUCUCAUGAGCUCAAGAAGCAUCUUAUUGACGGCAACAAGGUCAUCAUCAACAAGGAAACUUUCGAGCAAAGAGUUGAUGCCCAGGAGUUUGCAAUUCACGAUGUCUUCGCUCUUGACGUCUUCGUCAGCAGUGGAGAGGGAAAGCCUAAGGAGAGUGAUCUGAGAUGCACUGUCUACAAGAGAGCCCUCGACAGGUCCUACAACCUCAAGAUUAAGCAGAGCAGACAAUUCUUCAACGAAGUCCUUGACAGAUAUCCUUCAUUCUGCUUCGGUCUCAACUCCUUCGAAGACCCCAUCACCGCCAGAAUCGGUAUCAAGGAGUGCUUAGAGCACGAACUUCUUGUCCCCUUCCCCAUCCUCGUGGAAAAGCCUGGAAACUUUGUUGCCCAGUUCAAAUUCACUGUCAUGAUCACCAAGGGCAAGACUACUGCUCUUACUGGUCUUCCCAUUGAUGAGGCUCUCUUCAAGACCGAAAACACAAUCAAGGAUCAACAGAUUCUCGACUUGCUUGCAGUAUUUUAUGUUUAA